ACCAUCCAUAAACUCAUAAAGUCAGCAGUAAGCACUUGCAGGCCUGAGAGGGAAAGAAAAAGAUAGUCGUUCAACUCCGAUCAGUUUCUAAAGCUGAAGAAAACCCGCCGUCGGUGUUAAUUUGGAAUCCUAGAGAAUGCACGCAAAGACGGACUCGGAGGUGACAAGCCUCGCACCGUCUUCACCGACUAGAUCUCCUCGCCGGCAAGUCUACUACGUGCAGAGCCCGUCCCGGGACUCCCACGAUGGGGAGAAGACGGCGACGUCGUUCCACUCCACUCCGGUGCUCAGCCCCAUGGGCUCCCCACCGCAUUCCCACUCCUCCGUGGGUCGCCACUCCCGCGAGUCCUCCACCAGUAGGUUCUCUGGGUCUCUCAAGCCCGGAUCUCGCAAGAUCUCGCCCAACGACAGCUCGCGCGACGGCCACAGAAAGGGUCAGAAGCCCUGGAAGGAGUGCGAUGUGAUUGAAGAAGAAGGGCUUCUUGAGGAUGAAGAGCGUCGGAAGGGUCUCCCUCGUCGGUGCUAUGUUCUCGCUUUUGUUAUUGGCUUUUUUGCUCUCUUCUCAAUCUUUUCCUUGAUUUUAUGGGGUGCCAGCAGGCCUAUGAAACCCCAGAUCACCAUGAAGAGUAUAACAUUUGAGCAGUUCAAGAUCCAAGCGGGUUCAGAUUCGACAGGGGUCGCCACUGAUAUGAUCUCCGUGAAUUCCUCCGUCAAGUUCACAUAUCGUAACACCGGCACAUUCUUCGGCGUCCAUGUCACAUCAACACCGCUAGAUCUAUCUUAUUCCGAGCUCACUGUCGCCUCUGGAUCGGUGAAGAACUUUUAUCAAAAAAGGAAGAGCCGAGCAUCAGUUACUGUGACAGUGACAGGCGAUCAAAUUCCUCUGUAUGGAAGUGGAGCCAGCCUGAACAGUGCAUCGGGAACGUCGGCUUUGCCGGUGCCUUUGAAAUUGAACUUCGUGAUUCGAUCUAGAGCUAACGUUCUGGGGAACUUGGUCAAGCCCAAGUUCUACAAGGGGAUUGAUUGUUCGCUCACCUAUGAUCCGAAAAAGCUCAACGUAGCAAUCUCGCUCAAGAAUUGCACAUACAACAAUUGAUUCUGGAGCAAAGCAGUGAAAAAAAUGCAAUACUUCUUUUCUUUUUUUUAAUAUUUAUUUAAAUUGUUUCUUGGUUCUUUUUGUCGGAGAGAAGUGGAGAGACAGCUCAGCGGUCAACUUUUGAGGUAUGGGCAGCGGGCGAGGAACGUGGUUUUGGACUUUUUGGCUGCCCAAAUGCCCGACGAGUGGGAAACAGGUUGGAUUCCGUUGUAACUUGGAGUGGUGGGUGACCUUUUGUGUAAUUUUAAAUAUAGUGUAAAAUUAUGAAGGAAUUAUUUGCCGUCCGGCCAUGUAAUGCCAUUAUUAAGUUUAUAAUGAUGCAAUAAGAUUAAUCUUCAGAA